AUGGAUAGUCCCACGGAACAGGUCACUGAGCUGUGCCAGUUGUCUCAUGUCAGCGUGUAUAAAAUUCGGCCUCCGCACGUUAUCAGAGAAGAGGGAGAGCCGGUGAUCAGACAGCGAUACGAGGUUAGCGAUUGGAUAAAAGAUCCCGAGGAUCUCAUAUUUGUGGGGAAAAUACGGCUUCUCGAGAUUGAACAGCUUCAAGAUUUUUCUGAAACCACUGGCCAGGAAGAUGUCGACGAGCAACUGCGUUGUACGCUUGAGAUUCUGGGUAACGACGGAGAAGUGUGGGCACAUACAUUCUACGAACCUCUGCCGAAUGUCCGGACGAUAACAGAUACGCAAUUCCACACCGUUGAGAAAGUUGGAGGCAGGUCCUUUGUGGUAACGCUUUAUUGGAAAGGUUACAAGAUCGCGGUUGGGAUUAUCAUGAAACAGUUCUGGGACGAGAUAUCGUUGAGCCACACGAUACAGGAGUUCAAGAAUAGCAAGGCCAAGUUGAAGAUGUUCAAAGAAAAAUUCUUGAUCAACGAGAGUGCCAAGUCGAGUGAUGAUAGUGAGAGUGAUGAUGAUUUCGGAGACUUUGUGAGCAGUUGA